UCAGUCCCUUCAAAAUGACGAAGYUGUCCUGUUCCCCAGUGUUUGUGCUCCUGUGCCUAUCGUGUGUUGUUCAAUGGACCUUUGCGAACGACAUUGCCAUGAAAUUACUUGGAAGAACCUUGGAAUGGACGCCAGAGCCAAAUAUUGUUGUGUCGCCCAAGUUGUUGAUCGACGGCCUCUUUCAACUAUUCCUAGGAGCAGCCGGCCACACUCAAGCAGAACUCGGUAUUCUGCUAUUUGAAAACACUGCAGAGAACGAAGUCGAUCAGUUURUCCCGCUUAACAACAGUGACGAAUCUGAAAGUGUAAARCUAUACACGGCGAAUAGCCUCUUCGCUGCAGAUAGUAUAAAGAUAAGGGAUGACUAUCAAGCAGCUUUACGUCAGAUUUUUAAUUCCGAAGCUCAAUCAGUAGAUUUUGAAAAUCCAGAAACUGUUCACAAUAUCAACCGCUGGGUGGCUGAAAAAACCAAUGACAAAAUUAAGAGUUUUCUCUCAAACGUAAAUGUCGACACACAACUAUUGCUCAUCAGCGCCAUUUACUUUAAAGGAUUUUGGAGAGAUCCAUUUAACCCGAAUCUCACGAAUAAAAAACCAUUUUAUACGCCGUCGAGAGAAGUAUUAGUGGAUACAAUGGAAAAUGAUGGUUAUUAUAAUUACAAAUAUGUAGAAAAAUUAGAUGCAGAUGCUUUAGAGAUACCCUAUAUGAACUCGAAGAUAUCCAUGCUUAUUCUACUGCCUAGAAUUAGGAAUCGUUUCGAGGAAAUGCAAAAUAAAUUGCAUAAGGUAUCCCUCAAAGACAUAUCACCAACAGAAAGCGGUCCAUUCCACGUUGAAUUUCCGAAAUUUAAUUUGGACUUCCAAACGAGUUUCACUAAUAUUUUUAAAAGUGUAGGCAUCGUCGAUAUAUUCCAGAAUAGUGCUAAUUUCUCCUCCAUUUCUCCAACUCCCAUAUUGGUGAGCGAAAUCUUUCAGAAGGCCACAAUUGAGGUUCGUGAAAAUGGUACUGAAGCUUCAGCUGCCCAAGGCACAAUAAUGCUUCCUAUUAAUAUACCCAGCGUACCUGUUAUAUACACGGACUUUCUGAUAAACCACCCAUUUAUAUUUUUAAUCAAAGACAAUAUAAAUGCAUAUUUUGCUGGACGUGUUGUAAUAUUAUAAAGAUGUAUAAAAUAUUUAUWUUCCAAAAUAACAUACAUUUUGAAUUACAUUUUUGA